AUGUGGCGGAGACUCUUCACUUCUCCUCAUCUGAAAACCCUACGUUCCUCAUCUCUCUCCCAUCCCCGAUCCGCCCUCGCCGGACCUCGAUGCGUCGACCUCAGUCGCCACGUUGCCACACAAUCAGCUGGUUCGCUCAAGAAGAGAGUCGAGGAUGUAGUGCCAAUUGCUACUGGUCAUGAACGUGAGGAGAUUCAGGCUGAACUUGAGGGGAGGAAUAUUCUUGAAAUAGACCAUCCAGAAGGUCCUUUUGGCACUAAGGAAGCACCUGCUGUUGUUAGGUCUUUCUAUGACAGAAGGAUAGUUGGAUGCCCAGGUGGUGAAGGCGAGGAUGAGCAUGAUGUUGUCUGGUUUUGGCUGGAGAAAGGCAAGCCCCAUGAAUGUCCAGUGUGUACACAGCAUUUUAAGCUUGAAGUGGUGGGACCUGGCGGUGAUCCUUAUGGACACCAUUAA